AGGAAAACCAAAAUUAUUAUUGCUGAUCAAUAGGAAUAAGUUGGUGGUCAAAUAAAGCUCUCUAUCCACCCAAAGAGAACCGCCUAAUGUGAUUUUUCUUCCUAAAAUCUUUGAAGUGUGUAGUCAAGUCCAAUUAAGCCGACUCAAAAGGUUAUGUAAACCAUUCUAUGGCUGCAUUUUUGACUUCUCAACUUUUUGAAAUAGGAUUUUGGCCAAAUUUUCAUUUUUUUUUCUUGGUCACAUCUCAAACUUGAAUCUUUGACGUAUUGCCCCCAUUUGGUCUCCACCAUUUCCUAACCCUCUAUAUAUAACCAGUUUCUGACAUCUCUUCCUACUACUGUAUUUCUAACAUACACGAUUGCAAAUCAUGGGUGUUACAAGUUUUACACAAGAGUUUCCAUGCCCAAUUGCCCCAUCUCGUUUGUUCAAGGCUUUAAUGGUUGAUUCCAGGAAUUUGAUACCAAAACUCUUGCCCCAGUUCAUAGCAAGUGUAGAUGUUAUCCAUGGGGAUGGAGGUGCUGGGAGCAUUGAACAAGUUAACUUCACUGAAGGACACCAAUUCAAAUAUGUGAAGCACCGGAUUGAUGAACUCGACCAUGAGAAUUUGGUAUGCAAAUACAGUCUGAUUGAAGGAGAUGCAUUGGGUGACAAGCUUGAAUCUAUUGAUUAUGAGGCUAAAUUUGAGGCUGAUAAUGAUAAUGGGGGUUGCAUUUGUAAGAUGACAAGUAAAUACAACACCAUUGGGGAUUUUGAAAUCAAUGAAGAGGAAAUUAAGGGUGGCAAAGAAAAGGCAAUGGGGAUUUACAAAGUUGUAGAAUCCUAUCUUCUGCAAAACCCUCAUGCUUAUGCUUAGUUUGUGUUUUUUCCUUCAAAACAUUAAUAUUUAUAUUUAUUUAAGAUGAGUGCUAUAUAUAUUAUAAUAUACCAGAAUAAUGCAUAGUCAAGUCUUGUUUAUAUUGUGUAUGCAUAUUCAAGUUUGUCUCUUUUUUUAAGUUAUCAGGUAUUACACAAAAAAUGAUUACAUGUCUAGUGAUUAAUAAUCUAUUGUAUACAAACUCUCUAAUCUUUUUUUUUU